AGACCAGAGAGACUAGACUUUUGUGGACAGUACUUUACAGUAACAGUAAUCUCGCAAUAGACAGAGUAAAGAGCAGUUUCACUAUACUGCGACAGACAUAUUGCCCACAAGUUUACACAUUUCAAGAGGUCAGGUGGUCGCCAUUGAAUGAUGGAUUGUGUUCUAUUCGACGAAAUGAACAAUGAUUUCACCAAAAAUGUCCAAGCACCGAGCAGUAGUCGGAGCCCUCGUCUGCAGUAUUGUAUCAAUAUACGUGUUUUACUCGCUGUAUGGAAGACAUGUUUCCAGGUACACAACUUUGGUUCCAAUACAAGAUCAGUCAGAAGUAAAAGGAACCACACAAAGGCAUUCGACACCAACGCCAGUGAUGGAGUACGAGUUCGUCAUAGCCCACUACGAUGAGAAUCUUGACUGGUUGAAACCAGUGGCUAGUUUUACCCACGUGUACGACAAAAGUCACUUUCCAGGAUCAAAACCGUCAUUUAGCGUCAAAGACUGGCAGGAACUCCCCAACGUUGGGAGGGAGGGCCACACCUAUCUCUACCACAUUAUCAAUAACUACGAAAACCUGGCAAAUGUAACUGUAUUUCUCCAAGGCAAAAUAGACAACCAUGGCCGUUCAAAGACUUGCUAUCCCACUCCGACGAAAUUUCUCGAAAAAGCAAGAAGUGGAGUGCCAUGUAUACUGAUUGGAAAGCACACAAACUGGGGAAGGAUUGCUUUCGACGGAAAAUGGAAAGCUGAAUACGCCCGUGGUACUAUGCGCCAUACAAACGGGACAUUUGGACAGUUUUUUCGAGAGCUAUUUGGAAGGGCGCCACCACAGUUCAUCGAGCAUUGUUGGUCGGCCUGUUUCUCAGCGACAAGAAAGUGUCUCCAAAAGUAUCCGAAGGCGUUUUAUCAGAAAAUGAUUUCAUACGUGGAUGAUCACCCGAACCCUGAGGAGGGUCAUUAUAUAGAAAGAUUGUGGCGUUUUAUUGCCGUAUGCUAAACGCCGAUUCGUACGUACACUGGCCGCAUGUCUUUAUCCAUAGGAUAAAAAUAGCAGGCACCGGCUUUACAAACCCAAUAGUUUCAUUGGCUGUGCGUGUGUUUACGUAAGCUUCAUCUGGGUAAUGAUUGGUCAAUAGUACAUUAUGGAAACUCGUGCAUCGCCAUUUUGUGUGCUACAUUGUUGCUUUGCCUUUAAAGGCAGGCACUGAAAACUGUUGGUGAUUAGUCAAACUAACUGUUAGCAUACAAUUAUACUUGGUAAACUGUAAUGGAGAGCUGUUGAUAGUAUAAAACAUUGUGAGAAACGGCUCCCUCUGAAGUAACGUAGUUUUCAAGA